AUGGAAUCGUUAAAUAUAAAACCGUUAAGUAAGGACGCGAUGUGGUCUCCGGAGGCGUCGAACGGCGCGGGGGCCACGGGGGUCGCCGAGGUCGCGCGGGCCCCCGCCGACAUGGCGUCCACUUCGAACGAGGAGCGCGCCAUACGCCGCUGGCCGGCCCACCACCCCCUGCCUCCGCCGAAGUGGGGGGCGCCGCGCCCGCCUCUGCGACUCACCCUCAGGCAGUACGAGGAGCUCGUCGCGAAGGCGGAGGCGAUACUGAGCCGCUUAGUCGCCGCCGAGAACUACGAUUCCGUCAACAACUUCCUUACACUUUACGACUCUUACAUGGCGUCGCCGGAACAAUCGCUAGAGGAGUUCUUCCCGAAGUACAAACCGCCGAUCCGCGCCCACAAGCACACCUGCGUCGGCCUCGGAAUGGAAGUGAUGAAGCGCUUGAGGGCCCUAGAGGGGGAUUUCCCGGGGAUCACCAGGGCUAUGAUGCUGGUAUCGUGCGACGAGAACAUCCAAGACUUGCAGGACUACACGACAUCCAGUCCGGGCCCUCAAGGCUUCCUUAUUGAAACUGAGAAGGAUCACGUGAUGGUUGCCAUACAUGUAAAGGUUGGGGGAAGAAAUGGCGUUUUCUUGUCGGAUUUGGGAUACCACAUAUCCCGUGUCGUGACCGUGAUGGCUGAUCGUUGCUAUCCACACACCGGUUGGUUCACACAGAGUGAUGAGCCGCACUGCCGCAAGGAGUAUAAUUAUAAGUUCAACAUCCAGAACAGCAACUAUGUGGAAUGGCACGAGCGGGAGACCAGGGGAAGCGUUGUCAAAGAACGCUUAUCACUCGUAUACGUAGCCAGGGCCUAUUUGUCCGCCGUUAGCGUCACAGAAAAGAGAAACCUGGUAUGGGAUUUGAGGAGUUUGCUUGCAAGGGAUCCUAAAGGCCGUCUAUCAGCUGGAGUAUAUUUCCCAUUGAAGCUUAAAGAUCAGCAGUUUACCAUGUUCUUUGAUAGUACCAAUGGCAAGCAGAGGAAGAAAUUGAAAUUUGAAACAUUCUUGGAAUUGCAAAAGAUACCUGACGAAGUGGUGUGUGAAGUGGAACAAUGCAACGAGCAACUCCGCUUGAGGGAUGGAGAGCUUCUCUCGGUGUUGAAGAAACUGGCAACCAUAAUGGCUGAUCAGGAAUAUAUGACGGAACUGCUACAGAUAAAUGACCGUAUUGUUCAACUCUCCGCAGGCAAU